AUGGCCGACAUCACUGACCAGCACGACCAAACGUCGCCCACCGAGCUCGACGACGCGCACAGCGUCAAUAAUGGCACCGCCAACGAGGGUCGCGGCGUCAAGCGACCACGCGCCGCUGCCGACGACGACGACGACGAUGACGAGAAGGGUGGCCGCGAGCGUCGCAAGAUUGAGAUCAAGUUCAUUAGCGAUAAGUCUCGUCGCCACAUCACCUUCUCCAAGCGGAAGGCGGGUAUCAUGAAGAAGGCAUACGAAUUGUCUGUCUUGACAGGCACUCAGGUUCUGCUGCUUGUCGUGUCGGAGACGGGCCUGGUCUAUACGUUUACCACGCCCAAGCUCCAGCCGCUCGUCACAAAGGCGGAAGGCAAGAACCUUAUUCAGGCUUGUCUUAACGCACCUGAGCCUGCGACUGGCAGCGAAAACGGGGUAGACGGCGGUGACCAAGUCGACUCUCCCGAGGAGCCUCCCAGCCAUCUCCCGCCGCAAGCCGGCCGUCCAGGCAUGCCGCAGAACCCUCACAUGGCCCCUGGAGGCUACAUGCCUCCCAACAUCCCUAUGGAUCCUCAGCAGGCCUUGGCUUACCAGAGCUACGUGCAGCGCAACCAGGGAUACGGUUCCGGUAUGCCACCUCAGCCAGGCAUGCCCCCCAGCUCGCACCAUCAGUCAUGA